AUGUGGAGGGUGGGUUUGGGUUUGGGUUUGGGUUUGGGUUUGGGUUUGGGUUUGGGUUUGGGUUUGGGUUUGGGUUUGGGUUUGGGUUUGGGUUUGGGUUUGGGUUUGGGUUUGGGUUUGGGUUUGGGUUUGGGUUUGGGUUUGGGUUUGGGUUUGGGUUUGGGUUUGGGUUUGGGUUUGGGUUUGGGUUUGGGUUUGGGUUUGGGUUUGGGUUUGGGUUUGGGUUUGGGUUUGGGUUUGGGUUUGGGUUUGGGUUUGGGUUUGGGUUUGGGUUUGGGUUUGGGUUUGGGUUUGGGUUUGGGUUUGGGUUUGGGUUUGGGUUUGGGUUUGGGUUUGGGUUUGGGUUUGGGUUUGGGUUUGGGUUUGGGUUUGGGUUUGGGUUUGGGUUUGGGUUUGGGUUUGGGUUUGGGUUUGGGUUUGGGUUUGGGUUUGGGUUUGGGUUUGGGUUUGGGUUUGGGUUUGGGUUUGGGUUUGGGUUUGGGUUUGGGUUUGGGUUUGGGUUUGGGUUUGGGUUUGGGUUUGGGUUUGGGUUUGGGUUUGGGUUUGGGUUUGGGUUUGGGUUUGGGUUUGGGUUUGGGUUUGGGUUUGGGUUUGGGUUUGGGUUUGGGUUUGGGUUUGGGUUUGGGUUUGGGUUUGGGUUUGGGUUUGGGUUUGGGUUUGGGUUUGGGUUUGGGUUUGGGUUUGGGUUUGGGUUUGGGUUUGGGUUUGGGUUUGGGUUUGGGUUUGGGUUUGGGUUUGGGUUUGGGUUUGGGUUUGGGUUUGGGUUUGGGUUUGGGUUUGGGUUUGGGUUUGGGUUUGGGUUUGGGUUUGGGUUUGGGUUUGGGUUUGGGUUUGGGUUUGGGUUUGGGUUUGGGUUUGGGUUUGGGUUUGGGUUUGGGUUUGGGUUUGGGUUUGGGUUUGGGUUUGGGUUUGGGUUUGGGUUUGGGUUUGGGUUUGGGUUUGGGUUUGGGUUUGGGUUUGGGUUUGGGUUUGGGUUUGGGUUUGGGUUUGGGUUUGGGUUUGGGUUUGGGUUUGGGUUUGGGUUUGGGUUUGGGUUUGGGUUUGGGUUUGGGUUUGGGUUUGGGUUUGGGUUUGGGUUUUGGGUUUUGGGUUUGGGUUUGGGUUGGGUUUGCUUGGAGCACAUGUAACUGA